GAAAUAAAGGCAGUCGCACACACGGGGCCAGUGGCCCAAAAAGGAAGAAGUAUCUGAAGAGUCGAUCGAGAGAGAUAGAGAGAGGUGAUUUAUAGCCAAAACCAGACGGCUUUGUCUUUUAUACCCUCCUCUCCUCCCUUUCCUUCCUUUCUUUCUCAACAAUCUCUCUCUCUCUCUCUCUCUCUCUCAAAAGGGUUGUAUAGUCUGGAAAGAUGAGAAAGAAGCCGAGAAGCAGCCUUGACUCUGCGAUUGUGGAUGUUUGCCAACGAGAGCUCGGCCAUCUCUCUUCCAGAAACUUUGCUCUCCGCCUCGCCGCCUCCCAGGAUCUUGUGCUCCGACUUGAUAUCUUCAGAAAGCUGGAAAAACACAGAGGUUGUGUUAACACAGUUAGCUUCAGUGCAGAUGGUGACAUUCUUGUGUCGGGCUCUGAUGACAUGAGAGUCAUAUUAUGGGAUUGGCAAACUGGGCGUGUUAAGCUCUCAUUUCAUUCUGGUCAUAAUGACAAUGUUUUCCAAGCAAAGUUCAUGCCUUACACAGAGAGCCAAAGCCUUGUUACCUGUGCUGCUGAUGGGCAGGUAAGACAUGCUCAGAUUCAACGUGGACAAGUGGAGACUACAUUGCUGGGGAAGCAUCAUGGUCGAGCUCAUAAGUUAGCUGUUGAACUUGGAAGCCCUCAUAUUUUUUAUACCUGCGGCGAGGAUGGACUAGUUCAGCGGUUUGAUCUGAGAACUGAAGCUGCUACACAACUUUUUACUUGCCAGUCACUACCUGACCGCAGUUACAUGCCAUUUCUAAAUGCAAUUGCAAUAGAUCCAAGGACUCCUAAUCUGUUUGCAGUUGCAGGGUCUGAUGCGUACACUCGACUUUAUGAUAUUCGCAAAUAUGAGCUGAAUGGGUCAUCUGAUUUUGGUCAGCCUACAGACUACUUUUGCCCUCAACAUUUGAUUACUGAUGAGAAUGUGGGAAUCACGGGCUUGGCAUUUUCUGAUCAGAGUGAGCUUCUUGUCUCUUACAAUGACGAGCAUAUUUAUCUUUUUACAAGAGAUAUGGGAUUGGGGACUGAUCCAGCUCCAGCCUCUCCAGUGCCAAUGGGCAGUGAUACGGGUGUAAUACGACCGGAUCAUCAGUCAGCAGCAUCUCCUUCAGAUACGGAUGCUGAUGUUAAAGUUGGUCCCCAAGUCUACAAGGGCCAUAGGAACCUUAAGACAGUGAAGGGCGUCAACUUCUUUGGGCCCAAAUGUGAGUAUGUUGUGAGUGGAUCAGACUGUGGCCGGAUUUUCAUCUGGAAGAAGAAGGGUGGGGAGCUUAUUCGUGUUAUGGAAGCGGAUAAGCAAGUUGUAAACUGCGUUGAGUCUCAUCCUCAUACUGCUGUUCUUGCUAGCAGUGGGAUCGAGAACGACAUAAAAAUAUGGACUCCGAAAGCCCCUGAUAGAGCUACUCUGCCUACUAACAUUGUGAAGGUUAUGACGCCUUUCUUUCCAUUUGGUUAUGUUGAUGAUGACGAUGAUGAUGAUGAUGGCUAUUACUAUGAUGACGACGAUUGUGAUGAUAAUGAUGUUAGUGGCGAUAGUGGUGGUGGUGGUGAUGAUGAUGAUGAUGAUUCCAAUGAUGAUGAUGAUGAUGAUUCCAGUGAUGAUGAUUCUAGUGAUGAUGAUGAUGAUGGUGGUGGUUGUAAUGAUUCUUCUGAUGGCCUCAAUUGUGAUGAUUCCAAUGAUGAAAACAAUGAUGAUGAAGGUUAUGAUGAUGGUGAUGAUUUCAACGAUGGAUGAUAAUGAUGAUACUUGUGAUUUUGCAGUUUCCGUUUCCAGCUGAGACCUAAUUCAAGGGGCUGGAUGGAUGUACACACCUCAGGAAAUGAUUUUGCAAUUGUUUUCACUUCAAAGGCAGAGGACAAGUCCAGAGCACAACAGAGAACUCUUUUCCAGGACCAGAAUUGCUCGAGCUUUUCAUGAUAUUUAACGUUAGGAUGAUGGCAGUGAUAUCUCCAGUGCUA